CCUUUGAAUUGUUUCCCUUCAAAGUGGAAAACAGAAUAAGCUUCUUCAGCAGUAUGCAGGCUUUGAAAACUAUAUAUUUAGUCCAUAAUAUUCAACUCAAAAAUACCCCCCUCUUUUCUGCUUAUAAAUACAUAUCAUAUAUCUCAGCCACUUACUCAGUGCCGUUCUAAACCGACUUCUUACGCCUGUACUGGUCACCUUAAUCUGCCAAAUCUUUGCUCCUUCAGAAAUGAGUACUGAGGAUGAUAAGAAGCCUGUAUCAGUUGGACCAUGGGGAGGCCAAGGCGGCACUUCUUGGGAUGAUGGAGUUUACUGCACGAUAAGGCAAUUGGUGAUAGCUCAUGGAUCCGGCAUUGACUCGGUCCAGAUUGAGUAUGAUACUAAAGGGAACUCUCUUUGGUCAAGGAAGCAUGGAGGAAAUGGAGGCUCUAAGACAGAUAAGGUCAAACUUGAUUUUCCAGACGAGUUUCUUACUUCAAUCCAUGGGUACUAUGGGAGCCUGAACCAACGAGGACCAAUUAUUGUUCGUUCGCUAACUUUCCAUAGCAACAGGAAAGCAUAUGGACCCUUUGGUAUUGAACAAGGAACUAGUUUCUCAAUGAACAAAGGCAAGAUCGUUGGAUUCCGUGGCAGGAGUGGUUGGUAUUUGGAUGCAAUUGGAGUGUAUUCAAAGCCAGUACUAAAACUAAACCCUUCAAAGCCUAUUGUUAAUGCCCAAAGUUUAGCUGCUACUGGGCCUGAAAAAAGUGGCUAUUCAGUGAUCCAGGGAAGUGUUGGAGAAAGCUACGACAUUGUUCUAGCUGUGAGGCAGAGGGAUGGAUUUGUGAAUCCCCAGCCAAGGGAACUCAUAAGGCAAAAUUCUAGCUCUAGUAGCUCUGACGAUUCGAGUUCCAUUUCGGACUCCUAUGAAAGUCCCUCCAAGGUUACCGGAGGAGUGUUAACUUAUGGACCCUGGGGUGGCCAAGGUGGAACCAAGUUUGAUGAUGGAACCUAUACUGGUAUAAGGCAAAUCGUUUUAUCACGCAAUGUUGGAAUUGUAUCAUUGAAGGUUUGCUAUGAUCGUGAGGGACAAGCAGUAUGGGGAAGCAAACAUGGAGGGACCGGAGGAUUCAAAACUGAAAGAAUAAUGUUCGAUUAUCCAUCAGAAAUUUUGACACACAUCACAGGAACGUUUGCGCCUUUAAUGUAUAUGGGGCCUAAUGUGAUAAGGUCGCUUACAUUCUACACCAACAAAGGAAAACAUGGACCAUAUGGAGAUGAACAAGGACCUUCUUUCACUAACAAAAUGAAUGAAGGCAAGAUUGUUGGAUUCCUUGGCAGAGAGGGUUUAUUCCUGGAUGCUGUUGGUGUACAUGUAAUGGAAGGGAAAGUACCACCUCCGAAACCAUCUUAUUCCCAAGCAAUCAUCCAAAGUGAAAGGCCUAUAGCUGAGAUCGAUAACUCUCCAUGGUCUAACAAACUAGUUCUAGCAAGGAGAGGACCAGUUGAAGAGGUUGCUUGUGGUGUUGUAAAAGAACCAUCACCAUGCGGACCUGGUCCUUGGGGAGGGGAUGGAGGGAGAGCAUGGGAUGACGGAGUGUAUUCUGGGAUUAAGCAAAUAUUUAUUACCAAAUCUGAAGCUAUUUGCUCGAUUCAAAUCGAGUACGAUCGAAAUGGACAAUCUGUUUGGUCUCCAAGACAUGGAGGCCAUGGAGGCACCACCACACAUAGGGUAAAACUGGAUUACCCGCACGAGGUACUCAUCUGCAUAUCAGGCUAUUAUGGCUCCAUAAAUGAUGAAGAGAAAUUCAAAGUUAUAAGGUCGUUAACAUUUUAUACCAGCAGAGGGAAGUACGGUCCAUUCGGUGAGGAGGUAGGCACAUAUUUCACUUCAACUACAACACAGGGGAAGGUGGUGGGGUUCCAUGGGAGAUGCAGCUCUUACUUGGAUGCUAUUGGAGUUCAUAUGCAGCACUGGCUGGGAAAUCAGAAAGCCUCUAAGAUGUCUCUCUUCAAAAUUUUCAGUUGAAUAUCUAUUGCUCUGCUCUUUUGGUUUAGUAUAAUUAAGAUGAAACUGGUACCAAAUAAUGAAUUAUUACUAUCUUGAUUCACACACACACAAAAAGGAAGCCCAAUCCAAUUCCAGGUUCACUCUGGUCCUGUUGACUUGAAGGAUUGUUAUUGUAAUCUCUAUCUCUGAGUUGAUAAAAUAAAUGAAAGUGUAUGCUCUAUGUUUGUUAAAUAA